GAGGAACUUUAGUUUGCGCGAUUUUCUCUUCCGACAAUUAGCAACUUCACCUGUUGUAGAGAUUUGAUGAUAAGUAAUGGAAGUCGCUCCAGCGUUUCUGUUGCUGCUGCUGUGCAGCCUGCGCGUUUCUCUGGCGGCUGACUGGCAGGCAGUGGACUCUCAUUUUACCCUCCUCGGUGAUGCAAUCGACUACAAGGAUCCCUGUAAAGCUGCUGCCUUUUUGGGAGAUAUUGCCCUUGAUGAAGAUGACCUCCGCAUGUUUAGAGCAGCCCUCAGCAGUGACGGUGCACAGCCCACUGUCCAGACCGACAACACAGACUCAGGUAACAGCUCCACUUCCAGUGAGAGCGUCAGGAGUAAGAGAGCCGCAGACAGACAGAGUCUCCAUCGCUGGAGACGAGCGGCCACAUCCAGACCUGAGCGAGUGUGGCCGGACGGCAUCAUCCCAUAUGUGAUCAGUGGGAACUUCACAGGCAGUCAGAGAGCCAUUUUCCGUCAGGCCAUGCGUCACUGGGAGAAACACACUUGUGUAACAUUCACUGAGAGGACGACUGAAGAAAGCUACAUUGUUUUCACCUACCGACCCUGUGGGUGUUGCUCCUACGUGGGGAGGAGAGGUGGCGGCCCUCAGGCCAUCUCUAUAGGAAAGAACUGUGACAAGUUUGGCAUUGUGGUGCAUGAGCUGGGUCACGUGAUCGGCUUCUGGCACGAACACACACGUCCAGACCGGGACGAGCAUGUAAGCAUCAUCAGAGACAACAUCCAACCAGGACAGGAGUAUAACUUCCUAAAGAUGGAGCCCGGCGAGGUCGACUCGCUUGGGGAGGUAUACGACUUUGGCAGCAUCAUGCAUUAUGCAAGGAAUACAUUCUCCAGAGGCAUCUUCUUAGACACGAUCUUGCCCCGUUAUGACGUAAAUGGAGUCCGGCCACCCAUUGGACAGAGGACCCGGCUUAGCAAAGGGGACAUUGAACAAGCCCGCAAACUCUAUAAGUGUGCAAGAUGUGGGGACAGCCUGCAGGAGAGCUCUGGAAACUUCUCUUCUCCAGGUUUUCCCAACGGCUACUCAGCGUACGCUCACUGUGUCUGGAGGAUUUCUGUCACUCCUGGAGAGAAGAUCGUUCUGAAUUUUACUUCCAUGGACCUCUUCAGGAGUCACCUGUGUUGGUACGACCACGUGGAGGUACGAGAUGGGUUCUGGAGAAAAGCUCCUCUGAAAGGCCGUUUUUGUGGAGACACACUUCCAGAUCCAAUCAUCUCCACCGACAGUCAACUGUGGAUUGAAUUCAGAAGCAGCAGCAGCUGGUUGGGAAAAGGCUUUACAGCAGUCUAUGAAGCCAUCUGUGGGGGAGAGGUGAAGCGGGACAGUGGUCAGAUCCAGUCUCCCAAUUAUCCCGAUGACUACCAAUCCAACAAAAUGUGUGUGUGGAAAAUCACAGUAGCAGAGGGUUUCAACGUUGGCCUGUCCUUUCAGUCGUUUGAGAUCGAGAAACAUGACAGCUGUGCCUACGACUUUGUUGAGGUGAGAGACGGCAGCUCAGACAGCAGCCCACUGCUCGGCCGUUUCUGCGGCUACGACAAACCAGACGACAUCAAAAGCAGCUCCAACCAGCUCUGGUUGAAGUUUGUGUCUGACGGCUCUGUCAACAAAGCCGGUUUUGCAGCCAACUUCUUUAAAGAGAUGGACGAGUGCUCCAGACCCGACAAUGGUAACUGUGAGCAGCGCUGCCUGAACACGCUGGGCAGCUACAGAUGUGCUUGUGAUCCAGGGUAUGAGCUGGCAGCGGACAGGCGCAGCUGUGAGACAGCUGCCUGUGGCGGGUUCAUCACAAUGCUGAACGGCUCCCUCACCACCCCCGGGUGGCCCAAAGAAUAUCCCCCCAACAAGAACUGUGUGUGGCAGCUGGUGGCUCCUAUUCAGUACCGCAUCACUCUGGUGUUUGAUGUGUUCGAGACCGAAGGGAAUGAUGUGUGUAAGUAUGACUAUGUGGAGGUGCGCAGUGGGUUGAGUUUGGACUCCGAGCUUCAUGGGAAGUUUUGUGGAGCGGAUAAACCCGAGGUGAUCACUUCCCAACAAAACAACAUGAGGAUCGAGUUCAAGUCUGACAACACCGUCGCCAAGAGGGGCUUCAAGGCCCACUACUUUUCUGAUAUAGACGAGUGUUCCAAAGAAAACGGAGGCUGCCAGCACGAGUGUGUGAACACCUUUGGGAGCUACAGCUGCCAGUGCCGCAGCGGCUUCAUGCUGCACGAUAAUAAGCACGACUGCAAGGAAGCGGGCUGUGAUAACGCUGUGAACACGGUGUCCGGCACAAUGAGCAGCCCCAACUGGCCUGAUAAGUAUCCCAGCAAGAAGGCCUGCACCUGGUCUCUGUCCACAACCCCGGGCCAUCGUAUCAAACUGGUUUUCAAUGAGAUCGACAUGGAGGCUCAUCUGGAGUGUGCUUACGACCACCUGGAGAUCUACGAUGGGCAGGACGCUCGUGCACAAAGUCUAGGACGAUUCUGUGGCACCAAAAAGCCGUCUCCUGUCAUCUCUAGUGGAAACAAAAUGUUCCUGCGUUUUUUCUCAGACAACUCCGUGCAGAAGAGAGGUUUUGAGGCUUCAUACAGAGCAGAAUGUGGAGGAAGCCUAAAAGCCGAGGUCAAGACAAAAGAUCUGUACUCUCAUGCACAGUUUGGAGAUAACAACUACCCGAGCGGCUCAGACUGUCUUUGGGUGGUCUCUGCAGAGAAGGGAUACGGAGUGGAGAUCAUCUUCCAAGUGUUUGAGAUCGAGGAGGAGGCGGACUGCGGGUAUGAUUACGUGGAGCUGUAUGACGGCGCUGACAUCAAGUCUCCAAGGCUGGGACGAUAUUGUGGAUCUGGGGCCCCAGAGGAAGUCUACUCAGCUGGAGACGCCAUAGUUUUAAAGUUUCACUCAGAUGACAGCAUCAAUAAAAAAGGCUUUCAUGUACGCUACACAAGCACAAAGUUCCAGGACACGUUACACGCAAGCAAGUGACUCUCUACCCCCAAACCUAAAUGUGGAGACUUCACCCCCUAACAUUUGGUCGGACACACCCAUCUCCAGGCAAGGAGUGGAUGCAUGGAUUGAUACCACAAACACCAACCCGCAUACUUUUACACUCACAUCUGUUAGACUGGGAGAAACCGUGCAGACAAAAUGUAUCUUCCAUAGCUAUUUAGGAUGAAAGGCGAGGAUUAGUUUGCAGUGAUUAUUUCGAGUAAAUUCAGCGACUGUAAUGAGCUGAUUAAGUCAUAGCACUGUUGAAGAUAUAAAAUGUAUAUAUUGUGAUAUAGUUUACCGUCUUAAUGUUAAUGAAUGUAAUGCACUUUGUUGUAUUAUAAAACUUGACGAAUGCAAAUAACAAAAAUAAUAAUGAGGUAGUAUGGAGAAAAACAUCUGAGUUUUCUUUCCUAAAAUAAGAAUUUCUCUGUUAUUUUAUAUUUUUUCUGACAUGCAUUUGAUAUUGAAUGUUCAUCUACGUAUACUACAUUACCCUUUCGUCUUCAUAUAUUUUGAGUGAAUACUUUCAGGGGAUUUUCUGUGACAUAAUUACGCAUUCAAUUAGUGCCACAUAAUUCAAUCUAUCCAAUAUUCCCUUUACAUCUCAGACUACGUUCUCAUCAGUAAAAACAAUGUUAUGCUGACCUUGAACAGCAACUUAUCCCCUGCAUAAUACCUUGAUUUAUUUUUUAACGCACUUUAGUGCUGUAGAAGUGUACAAUGUGGGCGUAUCGGAACAGAGACAUCAAUGCAAGGAAGGAAGGAGAGGAAGCGAGGAUAUACAAACUGAAAUAUGAGCCCUGAGCCUUUAGUUAUGACCGAUAAGGCUCCAACAACUACAGUAUGUAAUCAAAUGGCAAGGAUGUCCUAUUAUUAUUGUAUUUGGAGUAAGCACUUUGGAAAAAGAGUUGGAUUUUUUUUUGUAUUAAAAUGUCACUCAAUUUAUUUAGUGUUAUAUUGGUUGCUAAAAUGUAUCAGCCUUUGAGUAAGCCAACAGUCAAAACAUCUGCACAAAAAGUACAAAAUAUCCACAAUUAAAACCAUUUGUUAACAUUUUAAAAAACGUAUUAAACCCACAUUUUCUUGAACACAUUUCCCAAGGCCCCUGAAUGCACCAAAUACAUCAUUAAUACAUAGCAAUACAUGAGAUAGCACCUGAUUAACUAAAAAUGUAUUGUUUCAACAUGUCCAUAAAACCGCUGUAUAGAGUGGUACAUAUAUUGUUUGUGUAUCAUGCACAACAAAAGAUUAUUGCAUCAUUCAAAUAUUAUAAAGUAAACCAGACAGUUUUACAUUCUUCACUGAAGCACAGCUCCUCUGAAGUGAAAUGGUGGCAGUAGAUCCAGUCUACAAAAUAAACAAAGUUGUACGUUC